CACAAAUUUCAAAUAUUUUCAGCAAUUUCAAACGAAAAUCGUUUUACUAAUCGAUCUUCAACAAGCUCUUCCACCCAGAUCCUACAAAUGCAAUCACGACUAAAACAACAGCUUUUCUGGCGCUUUGCAAACCAAUUUCGUGUGCGCCGCCACACUCACAGAGAUCAGGUGAUGGAACGCAUAGGUAAGCGUGAAAUAGUCGGUUAUGGUUGGAAUGGUUCACCCUGUUAUGCUGAUCGUUUGGACUACCCGAUGCCAGCGGUGCGCUUUCGUGAGCCUGAUGCUGAAAUUUGUGCGCUCCGCGAAAAGGAAACUGGCGAUUGGCGUAAGCUAACCACCGAUGAGAAGAAACAGCUCUAUCGUUAUAGCUUCUGUAAGACAUUUGCCGAAAUGAAAGCACCAAGCUCCGAUUGGAAAUUUUGUGUAGGUGUCGCUUUAAUCGUUUGCUCACUGGGUGUAUGGCUAUCACUAUCAUAUUUUCAUGGCGUAUAUCCUGAAUAUCCAGUAACUUUCGAUGAGAAGCGUCGUAGUGCACAACUGAAACGUAUGAUAGCUCUGGAGGUGAAUCCGGUUACUGGACUGGCGUCUAAGUGGGAUUACGAAAAAGAACGUUGGAAGUAGGCAGUGUUGAAUGCAAAAUCAACAAACACAAAACCAUUGAAGCAUGAAUUUUUUGUCUGCAAAUGUUACAAGAUAGUAGAAAUAGUAAUAAAGAGAUCUUGUUUGCUCUCUGAAAA